UACUAGAAGUAUCAUUCUGCAUCUGUGAGUUUUGAACUAGGGAUGGAAGUGUCUUGUGAGAAGAAGAGGAGAGGCUAAAGAAGAUGGCUGUCGAGGCUGCUGUUUCCUUGGUCUUGCGAAAACUCAGUAAUUUCCUGAUUCAAGAGGCAGUUUAUCUCUAUGAAGUGCGUGAUCAGGUCGAGUGGGUUGAGAGAGAAUUGAAGCGGAUGCAGUGCCUCUUGAAAGACGCAGACGCAAAACAAAGCGGCGAUGAGAGAGUGAAGAAUUGGGUGGCAGAUGUGAGGGACGUCGCUUACGAUGCAGAAGAUGUCAUUGACACCUUUAUCCUCAAAAUAGAACAAAGGAGAAGUGGGUAUGCAGGUUUCUUCAAAAGGUUCAUGCGCAUUCAUAUUGAAUUAUUGUCUCGACGUCAGGUCGGCAAUGAGAUCGAACGGAUAAAGAAUAAAAUUCAGGAGAUUUCGGCCAGUAGGCUGACAUUUGGAAUUAUAGAUGUUGGAGAAGGAAGCAGUUUCAAGGGUGAAAGUUUACGACGGCAAAGGCAAACUUCUCCUCUAUUUGGAGAGACAGAAGUCAUUGGUUUUGAAGAAGACAUAAAGACAUUGGUGGGACGGUUGAUCAAGGGUGAUUCACGACGUUGUGUCGUUUCUGUAGUUGGAAUGGGCGGUCUUGGUAAGACCACGCUUGCCAUUAAAGUUUAUAACAACGACGCUGUUAAGAAACAUUUUGAUUGUUGUGCUUGGAUUUUUGUAUCUCAAGAAUAUGUUGAGAGAGAUCUUCUGCAAAGCAUUAUAAAAUGCUUCAUGACUCUUACUAAAGAAGAGCUUGAGAUGGCGGAGAAAAUGAACUCAGUUUUCCUACUCACCACCCGCAACAGAGAAGUAGCUUCAUAUGCAGAUGCACGAAGUUCUCCCCACGAGCUGCAGCUUUUAGGAGAUGAAGAGGUAUGGAAGUUGUUUUGUAAGAAAGCAUUCUUAGAACAAGGUAUUCAUUACCAGCAAAAUUUAGAGAAGCUGGGAAAAGAGAUUGUGGCAAAAUGCUGUGGUCUCCCUCUUGCUAUUGUAGCCAUAGGUGGCCUACUAUCAAGAAAAUCAACAGAUCCGAACGAGUGGGAGAAAGUACUCCAGAAAAUUAGCUCACAAUCCGUUGAUGAUGAAUCCCGAAUUGCAAGAAUAUUAGCUUUAAGCUAUGAAGAUCUACCCUACCGUCUCAAGCCAUACUUUCUCUACUUCGGUGUUUUUCCAGAAGACCAUGAGAUCCGUGCUAAGAAAUUGAUUCAGCUGUGGGUUGCGGAAGGAUUUGUAGAGCCAACAGGGGACGAAACGAUGGAGGAAGCUGCAGAAGAUUGCCUGGAGGAGCUAAUACAUAGAAGUUUGAUUCAAGUAGUGAAAAGAAAUUCCAUUGGCAGAGUCAAAAGCUGCCGUAUCCAUGAUCUCUUACAUGAACUCUCAAUUUCAAAAGCCAGGGAAGAUAAAUUCCUCGACGUUCAUCAUGGAAAUACAAAUCCUCUCUCUCCAUCAAAAGCACGCCGACUUGCUAUUCAUCAUGCCACUAGCAAGUACACUUCUUUAAAUCGCGCCAACCCACACCUUCGUUCCGUGUUGUGCAUCACUUUAGAUAGUGGAUGGCUUGGAAAAAAGCAAGAGGAUUUUCUUUACAGAGGAUUCAAUUUGCUUAGGGUGUUAUAUUUGGAUGUAUCUAAUCGAAAGCUUCCGAAUGAAAUAGGUACACUAAUCCACUUGAGAUACCUUGGCUUCAAGGUGGGUGGUUUAACAAGCCUCCCAUCAUCCAUAAGCAAUCUUCACAAUUUAGAAACACUCCAUGUAGAAGAAGGUAUAUCCAUAAUCUACAUACCCAAUUCUAUUUGGAAGAUGAAACAAUUAAGGCAUGUGGAUGUGUCCUAUGGAAGGAUAAUAAAUAAAGGUGUUUGGUCUAAAAUGGUGGGGCGUCCAUCACUCGGACUUGAUUGUUUAGUUAAUCUUCAGACCCUAAAACGUGUCGAGGCUGGUGAUUGGAUAGAAGAUUGCUUGGGGAAGCUAACUACUCUUAAGAAACUAGGAGUAUAUGAGAUGCAUAAUAGUUGGCAGACAAAGGGAUUGUCCAACUCUCUUCCCAAGUUGGACCUCCUCCAGUCUUUGAGGUUGCAUUGGUGGCGCACUAUUCCGGUGUUUAUGCCUUUUUCACAUCACCUGCAUCUGAAGAAGAUGUUUUUGAGUGGAACAUUAAAGAAGCUACCCGAGUCGUAUGAAUUCUCACCUAACCUCACCAAGCUUACCUUGGCAUCCUCCCAGUUAAUGAAAGAUCCAAUGGCAACAUUGGAGAAACUACCGAACCUUCGGAUUCUCAGAUUGUGUUAUAAUUCAUAUAUGGGAAAGGAAAUGAUCUGCUCUGCACAAGGGUUUCCUCAACUCAAAUCCUUACAAGUUGAGCGGUUACCUGAAUUAGUAGAGUGGAGAGUGGAGGAAGGAGCAAUGCUGAGGCUCUUACAUUUGCUGAUUUGUGAAUGCUCGACUUUGAAGAGGCUUCCAGAAGGACUGCAACAUGUGACUACUCUCGAGAAGUUGGAGGUGCAGCGCAUGCCUGGUGAAUUCAAUGCCAGAAUGCUGGAAAACAGAGGAGACGAUUGGCAUAAGAUUCAACAUAUACCCUCCCUCAAAAUACAAUAAUGUUGCUGCUAUGGUGGGCUAUCAAAGGCAAGUGAUUUUUCUUGAUAGUUUCUUCCACCAACGGAAAACGCAUGGAAGG